UAAACUUGGAAUUUUUCUUGCAAUACUUAGUUUUUCUACAGUUUUACUACUUACAAAUGGCAAUAUCCUACCUUCAACGUGCAAGUACGAUGCGGUGAGACGAGCUGUUGACUGCUCAAACGCCGGCCUUAACAGUGUACCAACACUCGGAGUACGAACACGAAGAUUAAUUUUAGCUUCAAAUAACAUUUCACGCUUUGAUCAGAAUUCCUUCAAAAACCUACGAGAACUGCAGUACUUGGACCUGACACAAAACAAACUCGAAUCUCUGGAUGAGUUCUCCCUGGCAAGUUURAAUUUACUAAGAAAAUUAAAAAUCAAUGGGAAUCCUUUGAAUUGCGAUUGCCGCCUUGAGUGGUUGAGGCAAGAAAUGACUCGGUCGUUCAAAAAGCAUCGAUUUGUGAUACUGGAAGCUGAUGGUGURAAGUGCGCCUCACCCGAGAACUUUCAAGGAAAGUUGUUAUCWCGUGUCAAUGACACGUUGGAAUGUGAUAAAGAACUCUGCAAAAAUGCUGAAGACACAUGCGAUGAAAAUGCUGGUCUAUGUACAUUGCUUAACAAAGAAUUCAUCUGUGAAUGUAAACGUGGUUAUAAUGGCGAUGGAUAUUCUUGCAUAGAUAUCAACGAGUGCAUAGUCAACAACCACAGCUGUCAUAGGAACGCAAUGUGCACAAAUACUGUGGGYUCGUAUACGUGCAAGUGUAUUCCUGGUUUCCAUGGAGAUGGACAMGAGUCUUGCCAGCCUUUAAACAACAAUAUGACUUUCCAUUAUUUAAAGACAACACRGUAUUCACAAGAAAGAAGAGCGGUGGAAAUCAUUGGAAUUGUAGCCUCGUUUGCAUUGGUGACCGCUUUUGUGGUUCUAGUUUUCAUUUACUUAUGAAAUAUAUAAGAGAAAAGUA